ACAAAUAUUCUCUAUCAUGAUUUGGAGUCUUAGAAAUCUGUGAAUCAGUACGAACUAAUUUUAUGAAUGACGAGACUUUAAAAUGACACUUACUACUGUAAUGAACAACGGAGUGACUGGGCGGAAUGACCUUACCAAUCGUCCGCGAAAACUGAGUUUACAGGUUGUGUUUCCUAGACCUUCACUCUCCGGAUAUGCAGCAGCAAUAGAGAAUGCACGAGAGGCUCAGCUGGCAAGUGUGAGGCGCCGCAAGCUGAGCCAGGUGACGCACAAGCUGUCCACAACCAUCGGCUGGCGUGUGGCGGUUUCACAAGAUGACGUGAUAAAUCAGGCCCAGAGCUUGUGCGGCCGCUAUCUUCGAUCUAAGCUUAGAUCAUUCGGGUCUGUCCAAAAAAAACUUGGCCUUCAACGCCUCAGGAGCCUCAGUAAGAUCUCCAGUGACCCUAUCCUGAUAGAGGUGGGAGAACAACUCCUCCAUAUGACUGGAAUUCUCGAGCGACAAAAUCCUUGUCUUUUUCAUAGUGUUAUGGAUGGUGUGGGGAUCCAGUCAUUAGCUUCUGAAACGGCUAUGAUAAACCUGUUUAGAGCAGUGGCAGAUGAAAUUUUGCGGCAAGACAUUUCUUGGGGACGUAUCAUUGCUUUGUAUUGCGUGGCUGGAGGAUUAGCCAUGGACUGUGUUCGACUUGGUCAUCCUGAAUAUGUGUUGAACCUAGUGCAAGGUAUGGGGUCAGUGGUAGAAGGUGAAGUGGCAGUCUGGAUCGUUCAUCAGGGUGGAUGGGAGGCUUUGAUCACACGAUUUAGGAACUCUGCCAAUAUAAGGAUCAUUCAUCUUGUAAGCGGUGGAAUCGUCUUUAUCCUGGUGAUGGUAUUUUUAUUUUACUGGAUAUCUAGGCGUACAAUCCGUGACUCUGGUGAGAAAGUGAAAACAUAGAAAACUUGUUUGUAUUGCUGUAACAAAAAUUAUACUUCUUAUUUUUUUUUAUAUAUAACCAGCACCAUCCAACGUUAACAGGAAAAAUGUUUCUAUGUAGAAU